CGAUAUGCACGUUGGUUCCUCACUUCAUUCAGCAGUUUCAGUCCUCGAGUCGUGUUCGACAAAGAAGCAAAGUGCAUCCGUAACGGAAUAAAUAAUAAGAAGAGUAAAUAAGAAUGAAAAUGGGAAUUUAACAAGAAGUCUGUUAAUGUCUUAGUAUGAACAAAUGGGUCCUCCUGGUCCUCCUGGGUGCAGGUCUACAUGUGGCUGCAGUGACUCACUCUCUGAAGUAUUUCUACACUGCGUCCUCUGGACUCCCAAACUUCCCAGAGUUUGUGACUGUUGGGUUGGUUGAUGAUGUUGAGAUGGUUCACUAUGACAGCAACACCAGGAGAGAAGAACCCAAACAGGACUGGAUGAAGAAAGUCACAGCAGAUGAUCCACAGUACCUGGACAGAAACACUGGGAAGUUAGUUGGUCAACAGCAGGCCUUCAAAGCCAACAUCGAAACUCUGAAGCAGCGCUUCAACCAAACUGGAGGUGUCCACAUUUUCCAGCAGAUGUGCGGCUGUGAGUGGAACGAUGAGACCAAUGAGGUCAACGGUUAUUUUCAAGAUGGUUAUGAUGGAGAAGACUUCAUAGCAUUUGACCUGCAGACGCUGACUUGGAUCGCUCCUAAACCACAAGCUGUCAUCACCAAACACAAGUUGGAUAACGACAAAGCUCAGUCAGCGUUGUAUAAGAACUACCUCACCCAGAUUUGUCGUGACUGGCUGAAGAAGUAUGUGGACUAUGGGAGGAGCUCUCUGCUGACAACAGAGCGUCCCUCAGUGUCUCUCCUCCAGAAGACUCCCUCCUCUCCAGUCAGCUGCCACGCUACAGGUUUCUACCCUGAGAGAGCCACACUCAGCUGGAGGAAAGAUGGAGUGGAGCUUCAUGAGGACGUGGAGCUCGGAGAGAUCCUCCCCAACCACGAUGGAACCUUCCAGAUGAGUGCUGAGCUGAAGCUUUCAUCAGUCACACCUGAAGACUGGAGCAGGUACACCUGUGUGUUUCAGCUCUCAGGUGUGGAGGAGGACAUCGUCACCAAACUGGACAAAGCAGACAUCAGGACCAAUGAAGAGAAGAACAUGACUGUCAUCAUCGCGGUUGUUGUGGUGGUUCUCGCUCUCGUCCUCAUCGCUGCUGCUGCUGUUGUAUUCGUGGUUCGCAAAAAGAAGGAAGCCAAAUGUCCUCCAUCUGACAACAGCUGUGAGCUCUCUGAGAGACUGAAUCCUCAGCCCUGAAUAACAAACACAGCAGCUGAACACAGUGAGUGGCUUCAUAUGAGACAUGAACACAAACUGUGUGUCAAAGAACCUUCUGGAUUGUUUCUGUAGUCAAACUUCUGUGACGCUUUGUGAAGAAAAGCUUUCACCUGCAGGUGAUUUUUAGAUUUUUCAGUCCAAGCUUUAGUAAAACAGUGACAGCAGUUUAUUAAACUGGUGUUGAAUCAAAUGAAAAACAAACUGGACUUCAAUUAUUAUUAAGUAUUAACACUUAAAUGAGUGAAUGCUGGAUAUUUCAAGGUUCAGACAAGCUACUUGUUUAGCUUGUCUGAACCUGGACUUCCUGUUGCGGUAAGCGUCAUACGAUACGUCAAUACGUCAUUUCCUGUUGUUGUGUGUUACUGGUGUUACAAGCAGCUCCGUCUGCGCUUUAAUUAAAGAUCACUUAAGUUGUUGUA